CAUGCGCAGAGAUCGCGGCGAGAAGCGCUGUGAGCGAGGACCCGGCGCUGUCUGAGUUUGACGUGGCACUCCGCUCACACUCGGGCGUUCAUAGAGAAAAGCGAUCAGGCAGCACUUCCCGUUAUUCAGGUUGAUUGAAACGUUGCCCCUUGGCAUGAGACAAGCCUGACGACCAGCAAUGAGUCAGCAGGGAUACGUUGCCUCGCCGCCCCUCUCCCAGGCCCAGCCUGGUAUGGGGGGGUACCAUUCUGGCUUUGGGACCCCAGCUUCUCAGCCUCUCUAUGGGCACUAUGGAACCAGCCCUCAGUUUCCCGCAGGGCCGUCAGGCUCUCCCAGGCACCCGUCCCCCUCUGUCUCAGGCGGGCCCUCAAAUUCAGGCCCCACCCCGUUCAGCCACGCCGGUCCACCAGGCGGCAUGCAGUCCCAGAGGUUUCCCGCUCCUGCCAUCUCCGGCCCCCCCAUUUCCCCAUAUGGCCAGACUCCAUUUCCCGCCCCUCAAAGCCUGCCCAGCCAGGCCCUGCCGCCAGCAGUCACAUCGUGUCCUUCCCCAGUUCGGCUGCUUGCUGGUCAGGUGGAGACCAUGCACGUCGGUGGAUACGGCCAUGGUCAAAUGCAGAGUGCUCCGUUACACACUGGGACCACUGACCACCAGUUCCACCCACCCACAUCACCCGCCAUGGGUCACCAAGUCCUGCCUUCACCUCAGCCCCAAGGCCCACCCUCUACUCUCGGAGCCCCGUCUCUAUUGGCCGCCCCCCAGCCUGUGGGUGCCAUGACGACAGCUCAGCAUAUGAGAAUGUCUGGCUCUUUCUCUGGGCCUGGUCCUCAUGGCAGCAGUGGAUUUGCACAGCCCGCAGGACCUCCUGGAACUCCUGGGUUCUCACCUCAAGCAGGGCCCUACGGCGGCCAGGUAUCUGCAGCUCAGCCCCCGUUCCCUGGCACCUUUCCUGGAGGAGCUGCACAGAUGGCCGGACCCCCUCAGAAGAAGCCUGACCCAGACUCCAUUCCCAGCCCGACCCAAGUCAUGGAGGAUGAGCGGAGCAGACGGGGGGGUCAGCUCUACAGUACCGACCUCAGAGGCCAGGUCCCUCCUUUGGUCACCACCGACUUCGUGGUCCAGGACCGGGGCCACACCAGCCCCCGGUUCAUCCGCUGCACGGCCUACUCCUUCCCCUGCACGGCCGACAUGGCCAAAGAGAGUCACAUCCCCCUGGCCGCAGUAGUCAGGCCCUUUGCCGCUGUCCCAGACAACGAGACUCCCCUGUACGUUGUAGACCACGGCGAGGCUGGCCCACUCCGCUGUAACCGAUGCAAGGCCUACAUGUGCCCCUUCAUGCACUUCAUCGAUGGGGGGCGCCGGUACCAGUGUGGCUUCUGUAGCUGCGUUAAUGAAGUGCCAGCUUCCUAUUUCCAACAUCUGGACCACAUGGGCCGGAGGGUAGACGUCUACCAGAGGCCAGAACUGUCGCUGGGCUCCUACGAGUUCAUUGCCACUCUGGACUACUGCAAGGACAACAAACCGCCCAGCCCACCGGCGUUCAUCUUCAUGAUCGACGUGUCCUUCACCACUAUCAAGCGAGGCCUGGUCCACUUGGUGUGCGAUGAGCUGAAGACGCUGCUGGACCGGCUGCCCAGGGAGGAGGGGGCUGAGCGGUCUGCCAUCAAGGUGGGCUUCGUCACCUACAACAAGGUCCUGCACUUCUACAACGUGAAGAGCUCCCUGGCACAGCCCCAAAUGAUGGUGGUGUCCGACGUGGCUGAGAUGUUCGUGCCCCUGCUGGACGGCUUCCUCGUCGACUUCCAGGAGUCCCGCGCCGUCAUCAACAACCUGCUAGACCAGAUCCCCGACAUGUUUGCCGACACCAGUGAGAGCGAGACCGUGUUUGCGCCCGUCAUCCAGGCCGGUGUAGAGGCUCUGAAAGCUGCAGAGCGCAGCGGCAAACUCUUCAUUUUCCACUCCUCUCUCCCAACUGCCGAGGCCCCUGGGAAACUCCGGAACCGGGAGGACAAGAGGCUCGUUAACACGGAGAAAGAGAAGUCUCUCUUCCAGCCAGCGAGGGGCGCCUACGAGCAGCUGUCCAAGGACUGCGUGUCUAGCGGCUGCUGUGUGGACCUCUUCCUCUUCCCCAGCCAGUAUGUGGAUGUGGCCAGUAUGGGAGACGUCCCGCUGCACACCGGGGGGUCCGUCCACAUGUACUCCAACUUCCAGGUGGAAGCCGAUGGUGACCAUUUCCUGAGCGAUCUGAGGAGAGACGUGGAGCAGCCGAUCGGAUUCGACGCGAUCAUGCGCGUCCGGACCAGCACGGGCUUCCGGGCCACUAACUUCUUUGGGUCCGUCUACAUGAGCAACACCACCGACGUGGAGAUGGCCGCUGUGGACUGCCACAAGGCCGUCACCGUGGAGUUCAAACACGACGACGCGCUCAGCGAGGACACGGGGGCCUUGCUUCAGUGCGCCCUGCUCUAUACCACCGUGGGCGGCCGGAGGCGGCUGCGUAUCCACAACCUCGGCCUCAACUGCUGCUCCCAGCUGACUGAUCUCUACAAGAGCUGCGAGACCGAUGCCCUCAUCAACUACUUCGCCAAAUCAGCGUAUGGCGCCAUGCUGAACCAGCCGCUGAAGGUGGUGCGGGAGGGCUUGGCCAGCGAGACGGCCCACAUGCUGGCCUGCUACAGGAAGCACUGCGCCACGCCCUCGGCCAUGAGCCAGUUGAUUCUGCCUGAUGCCAUGAAGGUGUUCCCGGCAUAUAUGAACAGCCUCCUGAAGAGCGCCGCCCUAGUGGCCAGUGUGGAGCUCUCCACGGAUGAUAGGGCUCUGCAGAGGCUGAUGGUGUUGGGCAUGGGUGUGGAAGAGACGCAAGCCCUCUUCUACCCACGCCUCAUUCCACUGCAUGACGUUGACCCGGUUUCCAUGGCGAUCCCACCGCCCGUGCGCUGCUCUCGGGAACGCCUCAGUGAACAGGGACUCUACCUGCUGGAAGACGGCCGCCAGAUCAUCCUGUGGCUAGGCCAGGCCUGCCCCCCCACUCUAGUGCAAAGCAUCUUCGGUGUGCCUUCCUUCGCCCACGUCAGCGCCGUCGUGGGCACCCUGCCAGAAUUGGACAACCCACACUCUAAGAGGCUCCGUGCAAUCAUCGACCUCAUCACCCAGCAAAGGCCCUACUCCAUGAAGCUGCUGGUGGUCAAGCAGAAGGAGAAGAUGGAGGCUCUGUUCCUUCAGCGCCUCGUGGAGGACCCCGGGCUUCACGGCGGCCCCUCCUACAUGGACUUCCUGUGCCACGUCCACAGAGAGAUCCGGCAGAUUCUCACCUGACCCCCGUCGCCCGAUCGGGGUCCUGCGGGCCCCAGCCUGCUUCUCCCCGGCGUUCCACCAGACGGCUGUACUGGAUCAGAGUCUUCUCUGUCUGUGCUAUAACAAACAGCAUUUAUGCAAAAUUCUUUCAUCGCACAUAAAUGCACACCUUCGAGGAGCCACGACCUCCCGUAUACACAUUCUAAGGCCGAUUCACAUCAGGGCACCUGCCUCUACACAUCACGCAGUAGAUGUGGAUAACCAGGUUUAGCUCUUCACAGUAAUGACUGGAUGUUUUGCUUGCGAGUCAGAUGGACUUGAACAGAGGACCAAUUUCAAAGAAGUUUCAACAUUACAUUCUCUAUAGUCAUAAAUAAUGACUUUAAUGGCUCUACUAUGCCAAUUUAUGAGUAAAGCGAAAGGAGAAUUCUACUUGGCAGCCUUUUGGUCAAGACAAAAUUCCCCAGUGGAUAUUAAAUGAAUACAAGUGCAUUGUUGCUGGAAAUAUAUCACAUUGUCUGUUACAUUGUUCACUUUCCAAGGUAAUGUUUUUUAAUAGAAAAGGACCAUUUAAAGUUCUGGACUUUUAACUCCUGAGAGUAGAGAAUAAUCAGUUUGAAGGAAAGUCUAUUAUAUCUUUAUGUGCCGUCUUGAAUAACUUAUAUUUUCUCAUGAACAUUUAUCUAAAUUCUAUGGAAUACAUCAGAUUUUCAACAGACGUGUUCCGCAUAUAAGUUAAAACUUGCUGAAAAUGAUCUGAAAUAGCCAAAGAUUAAUAUUUGGAAUUUGCACAUUGUGUAUCGUGUACACACAGUUUGUUUAAGCAUUCCUAACUUAGCUGAAAUUUUUUUUUUCAUCCAUCGGUAUAUUGCAAAGCUGUGUGAAAUGUGUGAAAUUUCUGUAUUAGGCAAUUUUUUUCCCCUCAUGAAAAACAACCGUGGUAAGCAAAACUGAAUUCCUCUCUGCCUUAAACGGUUCAUCAAACCUCAGACAAAUAAAAAUAUAUUUUACUAUCGUUCUUAAAAAUGGUUCUUGAAAAUUAUUUUUGAGAAUUCUAGAUAUUCCGCCAGUUUGCAUAUGCCAACAUGACUGGAAAUUGUACAAACCUCGACCUAUUAAAAUAUUUUUAUUUGUUCA